AUUUUGGGCGACUUCACGAGGGACAUGUCCGAGGACGCCAAGCAGGUGCCAGUGCCGAUCCUGUAUUGGGGCGUCGUCGAUCCAGCGUACCGCGCGCCUGGCGCCUCUGUGAGUGAGACACUGCAAUAUUACCGCAGCAGCUUCAAGGCGCGUGCGACAAAGCUGCCUCGGCCGGCCGAUGCCACCACCCGGGGGCCACCCCCCCACGUGGCAUUCUCCCAGACCGCAGCGUCGUCGCUGCGGCACGUUCUGCAGAUCUUGAUGACGGCCGUCGAGACACAGCUCGGCCGCCAGCUCCCGCAGCGGGUGUUCGACGCGCCGUCCAAGGCCACGCCCAGUCGCUUCUACCCACCCAGUGUCGCGACCGAGACGCCCGAGUAUUUUUUGAAAAAGCCCAAGGACCCUUUGGUGGCCAAGCGCACGUCCGGCGCGCUGCCUUAUUUUUGCGACCGCACUCCGCCCAAGCAACCCAGCCGUGUGGAUCGAAAACACUGGAACUUUGUGCAGGCGCGCGAGUCGGACGUCCUUCGGCGCCGCGGCAAACAUCUCUUGGCGAUCCUCGAAGAGCAGCAGCAGCUCGAGAUCCAGCGAGAAAAGGAUCUGGUCGCUGCGUCACGUCAGGAGCCAUCGAUCCAUAUGACGAUCGUGGCAGACGUAGCAAAAGCCCGGUACGAAGCUGCCGACCGCAUCAUGCGCAUCCUCGACGAUUAUGGUCUUAUUGCAGCCAGCACGGCACUCGACUACCUCCAAACAACGCUCUCUCCUUCUCCGAUGUCAACGUAGCGAUAACGAUAACUCAUAAUUCGAGAUACGAUUCAACAUUC